CUCUCUUCUUUUCCCCUCUGUUUCCUUUGUUGAUGUUCUUCUUCUUCUUUGUUUGCACAGUAGCUUGGUAAACUCAGCAAGCUAGCUCCGAUCCCUUGAGAUCUGUUAGUUUUUCUCCAUCAUUUCGCGAAACCGACGCUGCAAAUCUCUUCUUUGGAUCUCCAUCUUCGGAGACACCACGCGCCGUCACAGAGAUCAAGUCGGCUUGUGGUUCACGAAGCCAACGCCACGGAUCUCUUCGUCGGCCUCCGAUGUGUAAAACCCAUGAAGCCGGCGUCCGUCUUUAGCCUCACGUGCCUCCACGCGCGUCCUGAAGUUUCCCGUCGACCCACGCGCCGUCGAAGACCGCCGCUGACUGCGUUGCUCCGAUUCCGAAGAAUCCAUGGCUUCUUCCUGCACUUUUAUCUCAAAAAAGGAUCCGGGAUUCGUAGUGAUGGAUGACUGGAUUGGAUAAUUUUUUGGUGUCCGGUUGAGGUUACAUUGGUUGGCCUUUUGAGGUUAAUAAUUCAUUACAAAACAGAAGUGUUACUCACCAGCUGGUAGGCAGGAUCAGUAAACAUACAAUACCAAUUUCAAUUUUGGAGAGAUUCAAUGGCUUCCUCAAGAACCUCAUCAUCAUCGCCAUCUUCCUCAUUUACACCUCAAUGGACAUAUGAUGUAUUCAUUAGUUUUAGAGGCCGGGACACCCGCAAUGGUUUUACUGACCAUUUAUAUACUGCUUUGAAACAUAAAGGAAUUUUCACUUUUAGAGAUGAUGAAAAAAUUGAGAGAGGAAAAUUAAUUUCACCAGAAAUAUCGAAAGCAAUUGAAGAAUCGAGGUUUGCAAUUGUCAUUCUCUCAAAAAAUUAUGCAUCUUCUACUUGGUGCCUAAAUGAACUUGCAAAAAUCAUUAAAUGUAUAAAAGAGACGGGAAUAACAGUUCUACCUGUUUUUUAUUAUGUGGAUCCAUCUGAGGUACGAAAACAAACAGGAACUUUUGCACAAGCUUUUGUCAAAUACAAAAAAGAUUUAAAGGAGCCUAUAGAGAAGGUACAAACAUGGAAAGAUGCUCUAAGAGAAGUGGCCAAUCUUUCGGGGUGGCAUUUGCAAGAUAGGUCUGAGGCAGAAUGUGUCCAAAACAUUGUGAAAGUGAUAUUAAAUAAAAUGAAAACAUUCUUAUGGAAGUCAUGUGGAGAUAUUAUACCAUCGAAGAAGGCUCUGUUAAGAAUGAAAACAAUGGAAAACCCCAGCUCUAAGCCCUGCUGCAAUACCAGUACUGAGGAUGUUGUGCACGCUUGGUGGCCUUGUUUACAAGCGCAAGGCAGGGAGGUUUGGGAAAAGAGUAAUAUGCGAGAUUCUCUUCUGGGGCGUCGUUUUGCAGAUGAACCAGACCUGGUGUGGACUGGGCUUGAACAGAAUCAAGAUGAGGCUGAGUUUUUUGCUCGUCUACUGUGGCUGGUUUGGCUGAGGAGAAAUAAAAAAAUGGUUGGUGCUGAAGUGAGGUCAAUUGAAGUAGAGUUAGUAUGGUUAAAGGACAUGAUAUGGUUAAUGGAUAUGUGGUUAAAGGCUCUGUUCAGGCGGAAAAAACUGGGAAGCCUCAGCUGUGAGCCCUGCAAAUGCAAAACCACUCCACAACCACCAGGCAGGGAAGUUUGGCAAAAGAGUAAUACGCUAGAUUCUCUUUUGGGACGUCAUUUUGGAGAUGAACAAGAACUGGUGUGGAUUGGACUUGAAAAGAAUCAAGAUGAGGCAGGGUUUUUUGCUAAGCUACUGUGGCUGGUUUGGCUGAGUAGAAGAAACAAGACAAGGGUGGGUACGGAAGUGGGGUCAAUCAAAGCAGAGUUAGUGUGGUUAAAUGAUGGAAAACAUGGACAACCUCAACCACCAGUAGCAAGAUGGACACCUCCGGAAACUGAUGUCUUUAAAGUAAAUUUUGAAGGAGCUGUAUUUCCAGAAUCUCAGAAAAUAGGCAUUGGUAUUGUUAUUCGAGACAGUGAAGGGCAAAUCAUGGCGGCUUUGAGUGAGAAAUUGAGAGGUCCUCGAAUACAAAAACCGGAGGUUGUGGAGGCUAUCGCAGCAAGAAGAGCUAUAAUUUUUGCCAGAGAACAUUGCCGCCUGCAUCAGGUGGUAUUAGAAGGAGAUUGUCAGAUGUUAAUGCAAGCUCUUCAGAUGGGGGAUUCUAAUUCAGUAUUAAUAGGGCAUCUAGUUGCUGAUGUGAAGCACCAUACAGUAAGUUUCAAGAGGUGUAAUUUCACGUUUGUAAGUAAAAGUUGUAAUCGGGUGGCACAUGCAUUAGCUCAAUAUGCAUGGAAUGUUAAAUCAUUCCAAGUAUGGAUGGAGGAUCUUCCUCCACCUGCUAUACCACUAGCCCUAAAAGACGCACUAGUCCCUCUAAUUGAGUUCUGAAGAAGAUUUGCACUCCAGAACGAUGUUCACAUUAUUGGAGUUGGGGAAUGGGCGGAAUGGGCAGACAACUCUUAUUAGAGUUGUUUAGAAUAUGAUGAUAUGACUCACCAUAUGCAUGACCUCAAACAUUUUCCUAACCGCUUAAGAUUUCUUUAUUAAAGUCAGUACACUUCAAAAUA